AUGUGGACGUCGCGAAUAGCGUCGUUAGCGGCUCGCUUACCGAGAUCACUGAGUCGACGCUACCUGCUUUCGGAAGCGUUUUCUUUGGAAAAAGAGUGGGCGUCUCGACAUGCUGAACUGACCAGGUUAGGAUUAGGAGGUGACUACGAAACGAUUAGUGCCGUACAGAAGAAAUUCAUCGGAGGCAGUUUAGCCAGCGCCAUCGAUGUGGACGCAGCUGUGUGUAUUGCGGACCAUCAAGAUCAGGUGGACGAUGUGGUCGAGCUGCUGUACAAGCUGCGACACAGCGAAAACGCAGCUGAUCUGCCAGUCUCCGCUGAGUAUGCACUUCAUCCGACUUUUGCUUCGACACAACCCAUCGUUUCUCUUCAAAUUAACUACGGCAUUUUCAUGAACGAGCACGCUGCUUGUUUAGCUAUUGAUCACUUUAUCAAGGAAAAUGAUUUUGGAGCUUUGUAUUCAUGCACAAAAUGGGCUGAGCUUCCUUCUGAAGAGCAGACAAUGCCACGUGAAGAGGUGGAGGAGGAAGAAGUUAACGAUGAUGACAUUAAGACAAUGAAGUUCCCGUAUCUGAAGAACGCUUAUUUUGACUCUCACUUUGAUCUCACCGACCCGCAGCAGCUUGCGGGCAAAACGUUGUUAUGGGUGGCACGUGAUUCGCGUUCUCUUUCUGAACCAAUACGACAAUCGCUCAGGCUUCUCGGAGCCGUCUUGUAUGGCAGGUACAUCUUUUGGUCUCGUAUUUUUAUAUAG